GCUCAAAGUUACAGGGCAGGGCGGGGUGGGGGGUGGGGGGACGCCGGCUGAUCAAGUUGCAUAUUAAGGGAGCUCCCACUUGGAGGGACUCCACAUCCGGACAUUUCCAAACUGGAGCGUAGGCGGCGAGACAGCAGGCCUCGGAAACCCAUGGCUGCUGCUAAGGGAACAGCCAUAGGCAUCGACUUGGGUACCACCUAUUCUUGUGUAGGGGUGUUCCAGCAUGGCAAGGUGGAGAUCAUUGCCAAUGACCAGGGCAACCGCACCACCCCCAGCUAUGUGGCCUUCACGGAUACAGAACGGCUUAUUGGGGAUGCAGCCAAAAACCAGGUAGCCAUGAAUCCUCAGAACACUGUCUUUGAUGCCAAACGUCUGAUUGGCAGGAAAUUUAAUGAUCCUGUUGUGCAGUCAGAUAUGAAACUUUGGCCUUUUCAAGUGAUCAAUGAAGGAGGCAAGCCCAAGGUGCUGGUGUCCUAUAAAGGGGAGAAAAAAGCUUUCUACCCUGAAGAAAUUUCUUCAAUGGUAUUGACUAAGAUGAAGGAAACUGCAGAGGCUUUUUUAGGCCACCUGAUCACCAAUGCUGUGAUCACUGUACCGGCCUAUUUCAAUGACUCUCAACGCCAGGCCACCAAGGAUGCAGGUGUGAUUGCAGGACUCAAUGUGCUAAGAAUCAUCAAUGAACCCACAGCUGCUGCCAUUGCGUAUGGCUUAGAUAAGGCAGGUCAGGGAGAGCGACAUGUACUCAUCUUUGAUUUGGGUGGAGGCACAUUUGAUGUAUCCAUCCUGACCAUAGAUGAUGGGAUUUUUGAAGUAAAGGCUACAGCUGGGGACACCCACCUAGGUGGAGAGGACUUCGACAACAGGCUUGUGAACCACUUUGUAGAGGAGUUCAAAAGGAAACACAAGAAAGACAUCAGCCAGAACAAGCGAGCCGUGAGGCGUUUGCGUACCGCUUGCGAGCGAGCCAAGAGGACCCUGUCAUCCAGCACCCAAGCCAAUCUGGAAAUUGAUUCACUUUAUGAAGGCAUUGACUUCUACACAUCUAUCACCAGAGCCCGGUUUGAAGAGCUGUGUGCAGACCUGUUUAGGGGUACCCUGGAACCUGUGGAAAAAGCUCUUCGAGAUGCCAAGAUGGAUAAGGCUAAAAUCCAUGACAUUGUUUUAGUCGGGGGCUCCACUCGCAUCCCUAAGGUGCAGAAACUGCUUCAGGACUAUUUUAAUGGACGUGAUCUCAACAAGAGCAUCAAUCCUGAUGAGGCAGUAGCCUAUGGGGCUGCAGUACAGGCAGCCAUUUUGAUGGGUGACAAAUCUGAAAAGGUACAGGAUCUGCUUUUGUUGGACGUGGCCCCUCUGUCUCUAGGGUUAGAGACAGCUGGGGGCGUGAUGACUGUGCUGAUUAAGCGUAAUUCCACCAUCCCCACUAAGCAGACACAGAUCUUCACCACAUAUUCAGAUAACCAACCUGGGGUGCUGAUCCAGGUAUAUGAGGGUGAACGGGCUAUGACACGUGACAACAACCUACUGGGGCGCUUUGACCUGACUGGAAUACCUCCUGCACCCAGGGGAGUUCCUCAGAUUGAGGUGACCUUUGACAUUGAUGCCAAUGGAAUUCUUAAUGUCACAGCCAUGGACAAGAGCACGGGCAAGGCCAAUAAGAUCACCAUCACCAAUGACAAGGGCCGCCUGACCAAGGAGGAGAUCGAGCGCAUGGUUUUGGAUGCAGAGAAAUAUAAAGCUGAAGAUGAGAUGCAGAGGGAGAAAAUUGCUGCCAAAAAUGCUCUAGAAUCCUAUGCUUUUAACAUGAAGAGUGCUGUGAGUGAUGAAGGUUUGAAGGACAAGAUUAGUGAAUCUGAUAAAAAGAAAAUUUUGAGUAAAUGCAAUGAAGUCCUUUCCUGGUUGGAGGCCAAUCAACUCGCUGAGAAAGAUGAGUAUGAUCAUAAGAGAAAGGAAUUGGAGCAGGUGUGUAACCCCAUCAUCACAAAGCUCUACCAGGGAGGAUGCACUGGGCCUACCUGUGGAACAGGAUAUACACCUGGAAGGCCUGCCACUGGCCCUACCAUUGAAGAAGUAGAUUAAUCUUUUCUGGAACUGGAGGGCUCUAGGGUGCCUAUAGGUGAAUUUUAUUCUCUUCAUUUUCAAACACCAAUUAUGAUUCAUGACUGGAACUGAACCUAAGUUAACAUUACUUUGGGAUUCUAAUGGAGGCGUCUCAUUCAUCAUCUUUUCAUACUCCGUCUUGUCUGUAACUCUGAAAUGGACUAUUAGGAAAACUUGGCCCCUCUUUGAACCAUUUGAUGGAUUUGAUUAUCUGUUAUUUAUUUCCAGCCACCCCAGCUUUCUCCUUCCUGUGUGGAUGAUUGUCAGUAAAUUUGUUCCUAAAGGAAAUUACUUCUGGUAUCUUUAGGCUAUGAGUGUAACUUGAAAAGUAAAGAACAGGAGAGUUCAUAGAGAACAUAUGUUCUCUGAUUGUGAGCUCACUGUGAACGAUUAAACUGGUAAGGGCAAAGUA